AUGAGGCUGACGAUGAGCGCCAUCAAUCAGAGGCCAGCGUGGAUUUGGGGCAAGAUGACGCCAGUGCUUCUUCAGAUCACUGACACUGACGUGGCGCAUCACCUGAAGCGCUUCGCGAAUGAGGCACAGCACCAGCUGAGGCGGGAGCUGCGGGAGAAGGCCAUCGCUGAGGGCGUGCACGCCUGCUUCAAGCAAGGGAUCUACGAGAUCCUGAGGGUCACGUCUGAGGCCUUGAAAAAGCUGAAGCAUUUCAUGGACGCUGAGCAACCGCGCACGCUGCAGGCAGGGUUGGGGAACGACUUGCUCAGCUACAGGCCCGACUUUGCGACCAAGACUCUGGUCAAGGCAACUGAGCAGCCGUGGGCAAAGGGGUUCACUGAGGGGAACCACCAGAUCAAGGCUGAGUGGGCUAAGGACACGUACAAUUGGUUCGAUGAGAAUGGAAUCCCUUCGCCCUUGCCUUGGAACGAUCAGGGCGCAGGCGUGAGCUCGCUGGGCGACAUGGAGGAGCAGAGCUACCAUGGACCUGAGGGCGCCACUGUGAAGCUCAAGUCUUUGGAGGGCACUGAUGAGCAGGAGGUGAAGCAGUUCCAGGACGCCGCGCAGCACCUGAUGGAGAGGGUGAGGGGCCGCGCCGCCGCCACGGGGGGCGCCUAUGACAGGUGCUUGAGCACGCAGGCCACGAGGAGUCGGAAAACUUUGAAGAAGUCACGCCGAGAUGAGUGGCACAUGGCCGCGAAUCGUGAUAAUUUCCAUGAGCUGCAGAAGCGCCUGAAGGUGGCCAGCCGCAGGCAGGUGCUUGAGUCCAUCGUGCCUCAGGUGGGCAAGGCGAAGGACAUGAGCAAGGCCGAGGUGAAGACCAGACUGAGGAGCGUCCUGGGCAAAUUCUCCAAGGGGUUGCUGACAAAGCCCCGCGUGCGCGUGAGCGCACAGGCGACAGGGUACAAGCGCAUGUAUGCCCGCGAGGGCAACGAGAAGGCCCGGAACGAGGUGACGGGCAUGAGCACGCUCGUGUUUGAGAAUGCGUUCCACACCGUCGAGAUCCCGAGCAACCUCCUGAGGUACUCUGACAAGUUCUUGGCCAAGCGUGAGCUCUGGCAGGCAAAGCACAAGACCCGCGCAGAGAAGCAGGUGGUCCUCGAGAUGGCCAGCGUCGUGGACCCCGUGAGUGACUCCCGCAUUGAGCCGGUGACGAAGGACACCCCGAAGGAGCUGAGCACCGCGCACGUGGACCUCUGGUCAGCGAUCCUCGAAGCGACCUUCGGCACUGACGGCUGCGAGCACAUCAUCGCGAGGCCGGACGUGAGUUGGAACAUCGCCACGAUGACCACCGAGGAGGGCCACGAUCCCGCGGCGCUCCUGCGGCUCCUAAUGUUCCUGGCGAAGGUCGUUCUGAGGCAUGACAAGGUGUUGUUCCCGCUGAGGAACUUGAAUGUGAAGAGCGGCCACUUCGCGCUGCUGACGAUCCUGAAGGGCGCCUUGACGCACUCGUGGCACUACCGUGAUUCCUUGACCACCAUGAGCGCUGGCAACCUGCAGACUGCUGACACCGUCCUGGACGCCGUGAGGCGCGUGCUGCCGCCAGGCGCGGUGCUCCGGGGGCUUGAGCUCUGGCCCUCCCGCGAGAACGUCGCGAAGCAAGACGGCCUGGAGUGCGCGGCCCACGUGUGCCACUACCUUGAGGAGGAGGAGGGCCCCGCGGCCGUUCCGUGGCCGGGGAACGACCGCAUCAGGGCCGUGAGGGAGAAGAUGCGGGACGCGGGCGGGGCCCUUGACAAUGAGCACGUGAAGUGGGCGAAGGAUGAGGGUAAGCGCCGCGAGAAGGCUCUGCCGGCUGUGGCCCGCUUCCAGAAUGAGGCUCGGCGUCUUCUGAAAUUGCAAAUCCUGAGCGACAGCAUGCGCCAGCGCGCAGAGGAGCUGGCCCAGAAGCUGGCCAAUGAGAACUGCUCGGACCUUGAGCUCCCGCUGCCAGAGAACUACGCUGAGGCGUUGCAGAAAAUGAUGGACGAAAAGGCUGAGGCCAAGAUGGUCCGUGCGCUGCGGCGCUCUGGAGAGCGAGCUGCCGCGGCUGAGGCCGCCUUCCAGCAGAGCCUCGCGGACAAGCAGGGCAACGGCGGCGCUGAGGGCACUGAGGACAAGGUCAAGGGCGGCGACAAGGGCAAGGGCGCCGCUGAGGGCCAGAGCGGCACUGAGGGCACGGCCGACGCUGAGGGCAAGGGCGGCGCUGAGACCACGGGCGCAGCUGAGGGCAAGCGCGGCACCGCUGAGGACAAGGGCUGCGCUGAGGGCCAGGCUGAGGGCAAGGGCGGCGACAUGGGCAAGGGCGCCGCUGAGGGCCAGAACAGCACUGAGGGCACGGCCGACGCUGAGGGCAAGGGCGGCGCUGAGACCACGGGCGCAGCUGAGGGCAAGCGCGGCACCGCUGAGGACGAGGGCUGCGCUGAGGGCCAGGCUGAGGGCAAGGGCGGCGACAAGGGCAAGGGCGCCGCUGAGGGCCAGAACAGCACUGAGGGCACGGCCGCCGCUGAGGACAAGGGCUGCGCUGAGGGCCAGGCUGAGGGCAAGGGCGGCGACAAGGGCAAGGGCGCCGCUGAGGGCCAGAGCAGCACUGAGGGCACGGCCGCCGCUGAGGGCAAGGGCGGCGCUGAGACCACGGGCGCAGCUGAGGGCAAGCACGGCGCCGAGGGCGGCACUGAGACCAAGGGCUGCGCUGAGGGCACGCACGGCACCGAGGGCGGCACCGAGGGCGCCACUGAGAAGGCUGCGAAAGCGGUCCUGAAGGCUGAGCGCGAUGGCCCGAGGGUGUGCUCGAAGUGCAGGUGGAGUCACGGCUGCCACAUGUGCGACGGUGUGAAGUCAUUGAGGUAUUGGCUGCACCGUGAGGGCUUCAUCCCGCGCACCUGGUGA